GCUGUCGGUUUCUUCUACGCGCACGCACCGUUGGCCACAAUGGCAAAAUUACGUGCGCGCUCCCGCUGUGUAGCGACAAGAUGGCGGUCGCCGUCGGAUCAGACGUUAAAGUUCCUCGCAAUUUCCGGCUCCUAGAAGAGCUGGAAGAAGGCCAGAAAGGUGUGGGAGAUGGAACAGUGAGCUGGGGUCUGGAAGAUGAUGAGGACAUGACCUUAUCAAAGUGGAGAGGAGUGAUCCUUGGCCCUCCAAGGACAAGCUAUGAAAACAGGAUGUACAAUCUGAAGGUUGAAUGUGGGCCAGAAUACCCAGAUGCACCACCGUUUGUCAGAUUUGUGACAAAGAUAAACUUGAAUGGCGUGCACACAUCCAACGGUGUGGUUGACAUGCAUGCAGUGACUGCACUGGCCAAGUGGCAGAACUCCUACAGUAUCCGGAUGGUGCUGCUGGAGCUGCGACGGCUCAUGACCUUCAAGGAAAACAUGAAGCUUCCUCAGCCACCGGAGGGCCAGAUGUACAGCAACUGAGCCCCUGCUACUUUUUGCCUCCAUCUUUUUCUCCCAACCCCCCUCCUUCCAACUCUUCUGUUUUGCUUUCAUCCCUUUAUCCCCCAUCCUCUCCGCCAUGUGACAUUCCACCUCCUGCCAACACCUUGACUGAGCACACACACACACACACACACACACACACACACACACACACACACACACACACACACACACACACACAUAGUAAAACACUGAAGUACACAGCAACAGAUACAUGCAUACACACAGCACAUGACUGAAGUAACACGGCAACAGUUACAUGCACACGUGCACAUACAGCACAUGACUGAAGUAACACGGCAACAUACAUGCAGACACAGACGCACACACACACACACACACACACACACACACACACACACACACACACACACACAGCAUCAGAUACAUGCAAACAUACGUACACAUUUAUCGGUACACACACACAGCACCUAUACAUUAUAAAAUAACAGAUACAUAUACAUACACAUAUAUCUGUAUACACACACACUUAUUGAGCGUUCAUGAAAGUCAUUCCAGGCCCUCCCUCUCCCAUCACUGGAGCUCUGGGUGGACUCGAUGUGACGAGGCAGGUGGAGUCCUCAGUCCACACCAGAUACGAUCAUUCGAAUACUGUACAUGUUACUAAUCUUUUUUUAUUAUUAUUUGUUAAAAAAUGCAGAUUGUACAAUAACAUAAAUAAUCUUAUUGAGUGUA